CCGGUCGUCUUUUGGUCGUUUCUUUAUGCCUUCCAUCGAUGAAGCUUUCUUUUAAAUACUCCUCCUCAGCGUCUUCUCUUCUGUUCAACCUCUGUCUUAUCUGAUCUAUUGAUACCCACUUUGCAGCUCCUUCCUUCAGACCUCAAACAUGGCCUCUCCUCAGCAAAUCCGUACUACCCUCACCGAUCUCCUGAAGAUCAACCACCCCAUCCUGCUGGCAGGAAUGAACGUGGCCGCUGGGCCCAAGCUGGCCGCAGCCGUCACCAACGCUGGUGGCUUGGGAGUCCUCGGUGGCAUUGGCUACACCCCCGAAAUGCUUCGCGAACAGAUUGCCGAACUCAAGAGCUUCUUGAAGGACCAGAACGCACCCUUUGGUGUGGACUUGUUGCUUCCCCAGGUUGGCGGUAGUGCCCGGAAGACAAACUACGACUACACCAAGGGCAAGCUCAACGAGCUGAUCGAUAUCAUCAUCGAGAGUGGCGCAAAGCUCUUCGUUUCGGCGGUUGGUGUGCCACCCAAGCAUGUCGUCGAGAAGCUGCACGGCGCUGGCAUCCUGUACAUGAACAUGAUCGGCCACCCCAAGCAUGUGCAGAAGGCUUUGGAUGCCGGCGCAGAUAUCAUUUGCGCUCAGGGUGGUGAAGGAGGGGGCCACACCGGCAACGUUCCUACCACCAUUCUCAUCCCCACCGUGGCCAAGCUGUGCCAGGGCAGGAAGAGCCCCUUGACCGGCAAGCCCGUGCAGGUGGUCGCUGCAGGCGGUCUGUACAACGGCAACUCGGUCGCCGCCGCUCUUAUGCUGGGUGCUUCCGGAGUCUGGAUUGGUACCCGAUUCAUCCUGUCCGAAGAGGCCGGUGCCUCUGUUGCUCACCAGGAGGCUGUUCGCACGGCUGGCUUUGAGGACAACGUCCGCACCAUUAUCUUCACGGGUCGCCCGCUCCGCGUUCGUAAUAACGAGUACAUCCAGAACUGGGAGGAGAACCGCCGGGAUGAGAUCAAGCAGCUGACCUCAAAAGGCAUUAUUCCCGUCGAGCACGAUAUGGAUAAUCUCCCCGACGACGUUGAUGACUCUGUCCUUGAGAACGCGCGCCCUUACCUGAUGGGUAAGGUUGCUGCCGUCGUCAACGAGAAGAAAUCCGCCAAGGCCAUUGUUGACGAGCUUGUGACGGACGCUGCUGCUCUGUUGCAAAAUGGCCACAAGAUGCUCGCCAAGCUGUAAAUAUUUUUGAUUCUGCCUGAUACCUCUCCUGUAUAUGCUUGAAAGCCCCGACAUGUGUCAUCUUGCUCUGCUAUCGUUCAACACAAAUCUAGUCAUACAUAUUGCGGCCGUUGGUUUCGACACAUAGGUUUUUACAAUUUGUUUGAAGCUUGGCUCUAGAUAUAACCUUCAUAACGUUCCUUAAUGAUUAUUCU